UCUCUACGAAGUCUCAUAAAGCGGUUAAAAAAUAUUCAAGAAUCUAGAAGCCCUAUUGAAUAAACCCCUUGGGGUCAAUUUCAAAAUUUCAAAUCAAACGGUAUUUUGGCCGUUAACAGUAGACGUAUUAUGUUUCCAAGCGAAUCUUGCUUUGUUCAAGAGCAUUCUGUCGAUCUGAUAAAUUGUUGCUGAUGAUCUCUUCAUUUUCAUCAUGGAAGAGUUUUAAAAAUGUAGCACAGCUUGGUAUCUUUUUACCUGCUGCUUGAGUCCCCAAUGUCACCAACCGCUUGUGGGAUCAGAGAUCAUUACCAGAAUGCAGGCCAAAGUAUUAAUAAAUAAUAAAUAACCAGGAGAUCUUUGCAGAGACAAUUCAAAUCAUCGUAAAAUAAACUGAAAAAGCCAAUAUACUGGUGAUUUCUUCAAAACAUAAUCACACAAGUCUUCGACUAGAAAAGCAAUAAAGGUUGGAUUGCAUAUAUUCGAUAGGAGCUGCAAGCAAGUUCGACCUACCUAUGUUAAACAGGUUUUUUGAAAGAACACAGAAUCAUUUGCUUUGGUAUUGCAAACAAGUGAGGUGCUUUAAUAAAUCCACUAAGAAAAUCACUCGAUAUGGAAAAAUUGUGUAACAGAAGAAUCAGUGGACUUUGAAGAACAAGAGAAGCAUGUCAAAAAGUUGAGUUGCUCUACAGAAAAGAAAUUUCCCAACACCAACCGCCAAUCGAGGAUUACUUCAUAAGUUGACUAAAAAUGAGUAUAAGACAACGAAGUCAAUACCAAUCUAUUCCUGGAUUGCAGAUAGGUCUUCAUGCUGCAAUGAAUCCAGAAUACGAUUAUCUGUUCAAGAUUUUGCUCGUUGGCGACAGCGGAGUGGGGAAAAGUUCUCUGCUCAUUCGGUUUGCUGAUGACGUUUUCUGCGACAGCUAUAUAAGCACGAUUGGGGUUGAUUUUAAAAUAAAAACAGUUCUGCUGGAUGACAAAGUUGUCAAGUUACAGAUUUGGGAUAGUGCAGGACAGGAGCGAUUCAAGACACUUACUACGACAUACUACAGGGGAGCACAUGGAAUUAUUGUCGUAUAUGACGUCACAGAUAGGAAUUCGUUUAUCAAUUGUGGACAAUGGUUAACUGAGAUUGAGAAAAAUGCUUGCGAGGGUGUUCAGAAGCUCAUUGUUGGGAACAAAUGCGACAGAGAAGAUAGAGAAGUGGACUAUGAAGCAGCAUCUAGCUUCGCUGAAAAACUUUCUGUUAAAUUUAUCGAAUCGAGUGCAAAGGAUUCGAUCAAUGUCGACAGAAUUUUCAUCACUAUGGCCGCUGAACUGAAAGAAAAACUUGGGACUCCGAUAAAGGAGGAAAAGAGUGCACUUCAAAUUGGAACAAGCACUAAACUGACUAGCGAAAGUAAAUAUCGGUGUUGUACAUGGCAAUGAUCUUGAAAGCUACAUAUUCAUUUCAAGACUUGUAGAUAAUCCUUUAAUUUUGACGGCGCAAUUUGGCAAAAGUAGAAGACAAAUGUUUUCGAUUUUCUAAAUAUCUGAAACUUUUGUCUUCGCAGUGGUUUUGUAUAGUCUGCUGUUCAUUUGUAGCGAUAAAGACUGGUAGAGUAGGUGAAAGACCAGGGUUUUUUUGUGGAUUGUAUUUUUCGGCCUCAUAAAUUUCAUUAC